AUGGCCAGUACACCAAGCGCAAACUUUGUGGUUGGGGCGGGCACCCCCGAAGUGACCCAACACGCUGCUGCCGAGGUCGAGACCGACAAGAGGCGAAACGAUGUCGAGUCGACACUCGACACACCUAUCGAGACGGCCUUUGAGCUCUCCCAGGGUACCGUCUCGGACGGGCUGUCGCGCACAGACACGCGCGUGUCGUUCGAGCAGCCCAUCGGUGUCACCAAGAUUGAAUCUCUGUACAUGGUGUUCGGAAAGGGGUGGAAGUUGUUCUUCCUGUGGCUGUCCAUUGCGCUUGUGGCAUACGUGUGGUCCCUCGCCGUCAUCACCACCGCUAUUUACGCUGCGUUCGCAACAUCCUUUUGGGGCAAGCACACAAUCAUCGGUCUCAUCGCUGUCAUCAACAACCUCAUUUCGGCGGUUAUCAUGCCCAUCCUAGCCAAGGUGUGCGAUAUCAUGUCCCGACCUGCAGGCCUGUUCAUCUCCGCCGCCUUCUUCACGAUCGGAUACAUCAUCGUCGCCGCUGCGCCGACUAUUCACGCCGUUGUCGGAGGCGAGGCCAUCUACACCGCCGGCCGCACUGGCACGUACCAGGUCAUGCACAUCCUCAUCAGUGACAUGACCCCGCUCCGGUGGCGCGGCGUCGUGCUGGGUUGCUAUUCCCUUCCCUUUGUGCUGAACGGAUUUGUUGCUGGUCUCAUCACCGCCGACAUCCGUGCGCUGUCCAUGGAUAACGGACAGGGCUGGCGCUGGGGUUUCGGCAUGUUCGCUAUCAUUGUUCCUGCGGCUGUUGGGCCCGCCAUUGUGGUCAUGUUCUGGGGCCACCACCGCGCCAAGAAGCUCGGCGCACUCUCCCUCGCAUCAUCUUCGUACACCCGCCGACGCAUCCUCGAAGGCGAGAGUGCUGCUCCCCAGCGUACAUGGAAGGAAACCGCCAUCUGGAUUUUCUGGGAGGGCGACGUUAUUGGGUUGAUCCUCUUCGCCUUUGCGUUCGGUCUCAUCCUCGCCCCGCCCACCCUCGAACCAAUCACCAACGGCGGAUACAAGGCCGCCUCCCUAAUCGCCAUGUUCGUCGUCGGUGGCCUCGUGUUCAUCGCUUUCCUUGUCUGGGAGACGACCUACGCUCGCAGCCCCAUCUGCCCACGCCGUCUCCUCAAUCCCACUUUCCUGUCCUGUCUCGCCGUCUCCUUCUUCCACUUCUUCUCGGGUCAGCUUACGGACGCGUACUACAACUCGUGGGCUUACAUCGUCAAGCCUGAAUGGAGCGACAGGAACUACACAUUCUUCUCCAACAUCCACAACACCGGUCUCUGCCUCUUCGCUACCAUUGCCGGAUUCCUGCUGUACUGGACCAAGCGGUACAAGUACAUCCAGCUCGCGGGCAUUGCUAUUCGUAUCAUCGGCGAGGGCCUCAACUACAUGACCUGGCAGUCCAACCACCAGUCGGACGCGAUGCUCAUCGUUGCCAAGACCAUCAUCUCGAUGGGUGCCGGCUUCAUCAUGACGACCACGGCCGUUGCCGCUCCCGCUACCGUUCCCCACCGCGACCUCGCUGUCGCCAUGGCUGUCCUGCACAUGGUGCCUCAACUCGGCGGCUCAUUCGCAGGCUCUAUUUCUGCUUCCGUCUGGAACUCACAAGUCCCCGCCAACCUCAAGAGGUACCUUCCAGAGCUCAGCGACAAAGAGCGCGCGAACGUGUUCGGCUUCAUUCGCCGCGCUCGUCGUCAGGAGCCGCACGACCUCGUCAACCGCGCAUACUCGGAGGCGAUGCGCCCCCUUUUCAUUGCGGCCAUUGUCUCGUCAUGCGUCGCCUUUAUUAUUUCCUUGUUCGCCAAGGAAAUGGAGCUCAACAGCAACCACAACAAUGUCGAGAAGCACAAGGAGAUCUACCUCCGCAACAAGGACGAGGUUACAGAUGAGGCAAUUCUCGAAAAGGUCGAGGCCGCAGAGAACAAGGCGCGAAUCGAGAUGUCCAACAAGGGGCAAUAG